GUAAAGAAUCGAUUGAUCUAAUGAUUCGAGUAUUUAUAAUCGAUCGUGAAUCGAACAUCCUCACAAUAAUAUUGUCAUGGACCCUGAUUAUGACAGGAGUAACUAACCAAGUGUAAAGAAUAGUAUUGUGAUUGAAAGUAAAUUUAAAAAUAUCGAAACAAAGUCAUUACAACAAUUAAAUUUAUAGAACAAUACGGUUAUAAGAAAUUUUGAACACUACUUACGUUCACGUUAAUUUAAAAUUUCUCUGUAAGUAGAAAUGAGACAAGAAAGUUGCAUUACAAUACAAAAAUAUUAAAUAAGGUUUAAAAAGUAUUUUUGUUAUACAAAUUAAAUUUGUAAAUAUUUUGAGUGAUUAUAAUAAUUUUACAAAAUGUCAACAAUUCCCAAGUGGGAAAAAUAUAAAUAUAUUUAUGAUUUGCCCUAUAACGAACGUGUGGAGUUUUGUCAUAUUUUAAAUCAAAACGAUAAAUGGGAAGAACUUGCAGGUAGAUGGAUGCAGUAUGACAUGCUAAUAAUUCAAAAUCUUAGAAGAGAAAAAAAUCCUACCGAUGAAUUGUUAAAUUUAUGGAGUAUUCACAAUCAUACAAUUUUAGAGCUAUUUGUUUUACUCCAAAAAAUGCAGCAUUAUCGUGCAAUGGGUUUGUUAAAGUCUUUUGUUGAAGAUAAAUAUCAUUUUUUGUUAGAUAAAGGAGAAGGAAAUUUACGAUUAACCAUCAAUCGUGAAAAUAAUUAUCCGCCAGUAAAUGAAUUAAAAAUUGAUACUAAAAAUUUUGAUAAAAUAACUUAUCGUACUCCAAUUGCACCUAAAGUUACUAUAAAAGAAUAUAAUAACAAAAUAAUUAAUCAAGCUGGGCCUAUUAAUUUAUUAGAAACAGCUCCAAGCAAUUCAAAUAAUCUUUUGGCCGCAUCACCAUUAGUAGCUUCCCGAGUUUCACCAAUUCUUAAUCGCACUGGAAUUUCACAAAAAUUGAAUGCAUUGACACUUAAAACGGAAACGACAUUGCCCCAAAUAUCAUUUGAAGAACUUACUCGCGCAACUGAUGGUUGGAAUCAGUGUAAGAUUCUUGGGAAAGGUGGCUUUGGAACAGUUUAUCGAGGAAUGUGGAAGAAUACAGAUGUUGCUGUAAAAAAAAUAGAACGUCGAGGCCCGGAAUCCGAUGAUAGUUAUAUAAUUCAACUCCAACAAUCACUUAGAGAAAUAACGAUAUUGAACUCUCGGCCACACGAAAAUAUACUGUCACUCUAUGCGUUUAGUAUUGGUGGUCAAGCACCAUGUCUUGUCUAUCAAUUUAUGAUAAAUGGUUCACUCGAAGAUUGGAUAUUAUUAAGACACAGAUCACAACCUUUAACGUGGCUACAACGACAUGAAAUAAUUAAAGGUGUGGCUAGAGGUUUGCAAUAUUUACAUACAAUCGGGGAGAGGCCGCUUAUUCAUGGUGACAUAAAAAGUGCAAAUAUUUUGUUAGACAAAAAUUUCGAACCACGAAUUGGUGACUUUGGCUUAGCACGAGAAGGACCAUUAAAAGAUUUUAUGAAGGUAAGUAAAGUACAUGGAACAAGACCAUAUUUACCUGAAGAAUUUCUGAAAGGAAAAAUCUUGUCAACUAAAGUCGACACCUACAGUUAUGGUAUUGUUUGCUUUGAAUUAGCAACAGGUUUAUCUGCUUAUGAUGAUUCAAGAAUUGAAAAUAAAUUUCUUAAGGAUUUUAUUGAUAGUUGGGACGAUAAAGAUAUUUUAUUUUUAAAAGAUAAAAAACCUGGUGAUGAAAAUGAUAAAGUCUUUAGUAAUUUAAUUCUACUUGGUAAAUGGUGCUCUAAUAGAUUAGCUAAAGAUAGACCUGAAAUGGAGCUUGUUUUUAAAAAAUUGAAUAGUAUAUAGUUACAAUUAUUAGUUAUACUACAGUCGAGUCUCGUUAUGAACCCGCAUAAAGGGGUGUAGGGGAAUAUAAUUCUAAGAAUUUGUGUACCCCCACUCUGUCAGCGCAGGCGACAGUCGUGAGUUGAACUUCCCCUACUUUUUAAGCGUGUGAGUGUGUACGUGAUUGUUUCCAGUAUCUCGUUAUGAGUCCGUUUGACUUGAGUGUUAUGUUUCUUAUAUGUAAAUAGGACUAAUAUGAUAAAUAAACUCUUAAAUUCUUUUCAUGAAUAUACGGUCUCAUAUCGAGACUCUGAAGUUAAUUUUUUUUUCACGUUGUGGAGGGGGAAGGUCUUCCGUGGAAAUCCUGGUUCACGGACUCAUAACGAGACUCGACUGUAUAUUGUUUAUGAAAAAAUAUGUAGUUAAUGUAGAAAAUAAGUCAGAAAAGAAUCUAACUAAAAAAAAAAAUUUAUAAUGAGUGCGAUUUAGUGUGUAGAGACCAAGAAAAUUUAAAAUUACUUGAGAAAUCUCCAGUCAGAUUAAAAAAAAAUGCAACAGAGGCAAUUGAAGUCUGCAAAAUUGUUUGACUUUGACAUGUUGAGAGUAAUGAACUACCUCAAACGCUUCGCGUUAUGAAGCGUGCAAAAAAAAUUAUUUCAACGAUAAGCUCUUCAUCCAAAGGUUAAAUGGUCGCUUUUUGCAUUUUGGUGUUUUUUAUAAAUUUAACAUAAAGGCAUUUUUUAAUAUGAUUAAAAAAAAAAACAAAUCGAAGGUUUUUACUCUCACAAUUAAUUAAAAAUAUUAAUAUAAAAAUAAAUAAUUAUUUCUAUGACAUAAUUUACAUACUUAUAUGCAGGACAUAUAUUCUAGCCAUUUAAUAUAGAAAUAUGUUUUGUCAGAAGUACUCCCACUAAUCGGCUAUGUUUAGAUGGAAGAAUUUAAUAAAUAAUUACUAUUAUAUAUAAGCAUAUUUGUCUAUACAUAAAAUGAAAAAAUAGGAGAAAAAAAAUGAUUAGUAAAUACAGUCAACAUUCUUUUUAAUAUAUUUAUAAACAAUUUCUGUGAUAUGAAAAUAAAAUAAAAAUAAAAAUUUU